GCUCCUUCGGACUUCCUGUGUUCUAGGGGAUUUCUAGGCUCAAACAAACUCCGAGGAGUGAUGAGGACAAGGAGAAACUGAAGAAGCCAGCAUCCAGGGUUUUCCAGGAUCACAUCAACAUGGGGACUUGGAAGACAUUGUGGUUGAUCAUCUCCUUUGCAGCUGGUUUGGGCUUCAUCAAGUCACAAAGGACUGUCUGCAGGGAGGCCUCUGUGGGAGACAUCGUGUUUCUGGUCCACACCAACAUCGACCCCCAGCAUGCCCAGAGUGUGCGGAACUUCUUGUAUAUAUUGGCAAACAGUUUACAAGUCGGCGGAGAUAACAUCCGUGUGAGUCUGGCCCUGUACGGUGAUACACCCACCACUGAGUUCCUGCUUUCGGCCUAUCCCCGCAAAGGUGAUGUGUUGAAGCACAUCCGUGGACUUCAGUUUAAGCCCGGAGGCAACAGGAUGGGCCAGUCCCUGCAGUUCAUCCUAGAGCAUCACUUCCCGGAAGGAGCCGGGAGCCGGGCAAGCCAAGGGGUGCCUCAGGUGGCCCUGGUGAUGAGCACUGGUGUAGCUGAGGACCACUUUCGUGAACCUGCCGAAGCUCUCAAGAGAGAGGGAAUCUUGCUAUACGCCAUUGGAGUCAAAGACGCAGCUCAGGCCGAACUCAGGGAGAUUGCGAGUAGUCCCAAGGAUAACUUCACCUUUUUUGUUCCUAACUUCUCUGGCUUGCCUGGCCUCGCCCAGAAGCUGCGGCCAGAGCUUUGCACUACACUAGCAAAGGUAGUGCAACAUACUGAGCAGGGAUCUCCAGCCUGCACAGAAGCAUUCCUGGCUGAUAUUGUGUUUUUAGUAGACAGCUCAACUAGCAUUGGACUCCAGAACUUCCAGAAAGUAAAAAAUUUCCUCCACUCCAUUGUCUCGGGGCUUGACGUCAGAAGUGAUCAGGUGCAAGUGGGGCUGGUCCAGUACAGUGACAACAUCUAUCCAGCCUUUCAGCUGAAGCAGUCCUCUCUAAAGAGCGUGGUCCUGGAACAGAUCCGGAAUCUGCCCUAUAACAUGGGGAGUACAAAUACCGGAAGUGCCCUAGAGUUCAUCAGGGCCAACUACUUGACCGAGAUGAGUGGCAGCCGUGCCAAGGAUGGGGUUCCUCAGAUAGUUAUUCUGGUGACAGAUGGGGAGUCCAAUGAUGAGGUUCAGGAUGCGGCUGACCAGCUGAAAAGAGACGGGGUCUUUGUGUAUGUGGUAGGGAUCAAUAUUCAAGAUGUCCAAGAGUUGCAAAAGAUAGCCAGCGAGCCAUUUGAGGAGUUUCUCUUCACCACAGAAAACUUCAACAUCUUGCAGGAGCUCUCAGGAAGCCUCAGUCAGGCUGUGUGUUCCACAGUGGAGAGAGAGAUGAAAAAGCCUACCGAGACCUACGCAGACGUGGUCUUUCUUAUUGACUCAUCCCAGGGGACAUCCCAGGCCAGUUUCCGGUGGAUGCGGCAUUUCAUCGCUAGAAUUAUUGACAUGCUGGAGGUUGGCAAGGACAACUACCGGAUUGGGCUGGCUCAGUAUAGCGACCAAGGUCACACUGAGUUUUUGUUCAAUACCCACAAGACCCAGAAUGAGAUGGUCGCGCACAUCUAUGAGCACUUGGUGCUCCAAGGUGGCUCCAGGAAGACAGGUCAAGGCCUUCGGUUUCUUCAUCGGACUUUCUUCCAGGAGGCAGCAGGAAGCCGGUUCUUACAGGGUGUCCCUCAGUAUGUGGUAGUCGUUACCUCAGGCAAAUCUGAGGACGAGGUCCGAGAGCCUGCACAGAUCCUGAGGAACAGAGGCGUGGUCAUCAUGUCCGUGGGCUUGCAGGACUUUGACAAGGCAGAAAUGGAGGGGAUAGGGCCUGUAGUGCUGGUGUCUGACCUGCAGGGAGAAGAUGGAGUCAGUCAGCUAAUACAGGAUGUGAUUAUGUCGAUCCAGGGGAGUUCACAGCCUCCACAGGUUUUGGUCAAGUUUGCGAAGGAAGUUGUAGAAGAAUGUCUGGCUCCCAUUCCAACUGACCUCGUGUUCCUCGUUGAGGAAUUUACCAGUGCCGGGCAACCCAAUUUUCAGCAAGUCAUCAAGUUAUUGAAGACCACUGUCCACUCUCUCAACAUCCACCCUGAUAUCGUGAGGGUCAGCUUGGUCUUUUACAGUGAGAAACCACAGCUGAAGUUUUCUCUGAAUACAUUUCAAAAUGCUGCCCAGGUCUUAACCAGUUUGGACCAGUUAACCUUCAGAGCAAGACGAGGAAGGACGAAGGCAGGGGCUGCUUUGGAUUUCCUGAGGAAAGAAGUUUUUCUUCCGGAGAAGGGCAGCCGGUCCAUUUGGGGUGUACAGCAGAUAGCUGUGAUCAUUAUGGAAAGUCCAUCUCUAGACAAUGUGUCUACACCGGCUUCCCACCUCCGCAGGACCGGGGUCACCAUCUAUGCAGUGGGCAUCCAGUCUGCCUCUGAGAGUAAGGACCUGGAGAAGAUUGCCACAUACCCUCCUGGGAAGCACACCAUUCACCUAGAGUCCUUUCUGCAGCUCGAUGUUGUGAGAAAAAUACUUAAUAAGAAGCUCUGUCCUGAGACUUUGGGCAAAAUGCCUCCUGUGGGCAGCAUGCCUCCUGGGGCCGAAAUGCCUCCUGGGGCCGAAAUGCCUCCUGGGGGCAAAAUGCCUCCUCUGACGGGUUGUACUCCACAGAGCAUGCAAAAAGUUUGCACGCAUGUGGAGAAGGCAGAUAUUUACUUCCUUAUUGAUGGGUCUGGCAGCAUCAGUCCAAAGGACUUCACCGAGAUGAAGGAGUUCAUGAAGGACGUGAUCAAAAUGUUUCACAUUGGACCCGACGGGGUACGAUUUGGAGUCGUUCAGUACUCAGACAAAAUUAUAAGCCAGUUUUUACUCACCCAGUACACCAGCAUGGAGAAGCUGGGGACAGCCAUUGGCAACAUCCAGCAGGGAGGAGGUGGUACCACCACCGGUGAGGCCUUAAGCAAAAUGGCCCUGGUCUUCAGAAACACUGCCAGAACCAAUGUUGCCCAAUACCUCAUCGUCAUCACUGAUGGUCAGUCUUCAGACCCAGUGGCUGAUGCUGCGCAGGGACUGAGGGACACUGGAAUCAAUAUCUAUGCCAUUGGAGUAAGAGAUGCUAAUACCACCGAGCUUGAGGAAAUAGCGAACAACAGGGUAUUUUUCACAGAUGAUUUUCACUUCUUGAAAAGCAUCCACCAGGAAGUCGUUCGGGAUAUCUGCUCCUUCGAGAAUUGUAGGAGCCAGAAAGCUGACAUCAUCUUCUUGAUUGAUGGCUCAGAAUCCAUCUCUUCUGAAGACUUUGAAAAGAUAAAGGACUUCGUGAAGAGGAUGGUGAAUCAGUCUAAUAUCGGGGCUGAUAAAAUUCAGAUUGGCCUUCUGCAGUUCAGCUCCACUCCCCGGGAAGAAUUCACGCUUAAGAACAAUUACUCCUCAAAGGACGAGAUGUGUAGAGCCAUCUCGAAUGUUACACAGAUAAAUAGUGGUACCGAGACUGGGAAAGCCUUGAAUUUCACUCUGCCCUUUUUUGACAUUUCACAAGGAGGGAGACCCGGAGUUCAUCAGUAUUUGAUUGUGAUCACCGACGGGGACUCCCAUGAUGAUAUAGUUUCCCCAGCCAAAGCCCUCAGGGACAGAAACAUAAUUAUUUUUGCUAUUGGGGUGGGAAAAAUUCAAAGAGCCCAGCUCUUGGCGAUUACUAAUGACCAGGACAAAGUAUACCACGAAGAAAAUUUUGAGUCCCUGCAGAACCUGGAAAAGGAAAUUCUUUAUGAGGUCUGUACUUCCCAAGGCUGCAGCAUGGAUCUGUCUGUAGGAGUUGAUACCUCAACUUCUUCAGGGCGAGCUCAGCAGGAACUUGGAAGGUUUCUGCCCGGGCUGCUGCAACAGCUGGCCUUGCUCUCUAACAUCAGCUGCGAGGCUCCUGGCCAGAUGGAGCCGAGGUUCCGCUACGUGGUUCCAGGAUCCAGCAGUCGGCCUGUCUUUGAUUCGGGCUUUGAGAAAUACAACGAUGAGACGGUCCAGAAGUUCUUGGUGCAACAGGGUUCUGCGAACAACCGACUGAAUGUAGACUUUCUGAAGUCCCUGGGAGAGACUGCCAUCCACUCGUCUUCUGCUAACGUAAAGGUCCUUUUAGUGUUUACAGACGGACUUGAUGAAGACCUAGAGAGGCUGAGGAGAACCUCGGAGCUCCUUCGCAGUGGAGGGCUCUCCGGACUCCUGGUCAUCGGCCUGGGAGGCGCACACAAGUUAGAAGAGCUGCAGGAGCUGGAGUUUGGCAGAGGGUUUGCGUACAGGCAGCCUCUGAGCUCCAGCCUGCCAUCCCUCCCAAGUGUCUUACUAAAGCAACUUGACACAAUUGUGGAGAAGGCAUGCUGUUACGUGUGUGCCAAAUGUUAUGGAGAUGAUGGGGUCAGAGGUGACCCUGGGAGUCUCGGGAAGGAGGGAGAGAGAGGUUUGGACGGGCUCCCCGGCCAUCCUGGUGAAGAUGGAGACCAUGGACCAAGAGGCCCCCGUGGUCUUCCUGGACUUCGAGGUGAGGAAGGUUGUCCGGGUGUGAGAGGACCUAAGGGAGCAAGAGGAUUUUCAGGAGAGAAGGGCAACCCUGGUGAUGAAGGUGUUGAGGGCUUAGAUGGAGAACAGGGCGAUCGCGGGGCCGCGGGGUCAUCUGGAGAGAAAGGAAGCAGAGGCAGUCAGGGCUUGACAGGUCUGCCUGGACCAGCUGGAUCUCGUGGGGAGCCUGGGCUGAGGGGAGAUCCUGGGGAUCCUGGAAUUGAUAAUUUCAUUCAAGGCCCCAAGGGAGAAAAGGGAAGGCGUGGACGUCAGGGAAGUUCUGGUUUCCACGGACUUCUGGGGGAAACUGGCAGUGUGGGACCUUGGGGGUCACUUGGAAGACGUGGCUUGCCAGGGUUGAAGGGUGUGCUUGGAGAGGCUGGUGAGCUGGGCUACCAAGGAGAACCUGGGUAUCCAGGCCCACAGGGACCCAGAGGAAGGCAAGGACCUCCAGGAUCAUUCGGUCAAAAAGGGGAUGCGGGUGCCCAGGGGAAUCCUGGGCCUCCAGGGCCAAAUGGCUCAAGAGGAACAGAUGGUCCCAGAGGACUCAAGGGAGAACUCGGUCACACAGGAGAAAGAGGUCCACGGGGUCAGCAAGGGUCAAGAGGACAGCCUGGUCGCUUUGGUCUAGACGGCUACGGUCAUCCUGGAAGAAAAGGCAAGAAGGGUGAACCUGGAUUCCCUGGCUAUCCUGGCUUGCAAGGAGAAGAUGGUAAUCCAGGCCGUGGAGGAGAGAAGGGGGCCAAGGGAAUCCGAGGGAAGAGGGGCAGUUCUGGAUUUCCUGGGUUUGCUGGAACUCCAGGUGACCAAGGCCCACCAGGAAAAAUGGGCAUCAAGGGCCCAAAAGGCUUGGCAGAUAGGACGCCCUGUGAAAUUGUUGAUUUUGUGCGAGGAAACUGCCCUUGUUCGAUAGGUAUUUCCAGAUGCCCAGCAUUCCCGACGGAAGUGGUCUUUGCCUUGGACAUGUCCAACGACGUCUCCCAGUCAGACUUUGAGAGGAUGAGAAACAUUUUAUUAUCUCUGUUGAUGAAGCUGGAAAUGAGUGAGAGCAACUGUCCCACUGGUGCUCGAGUGGCCAUUGUUUCCUACAACAUGAGGACAGAUUAUCUAGUGCGCUUGUCAGACCAUCGGGGAAAAGCUACCCUUCUACAGGCUGUCAGGAAAAUCCCCCUGGAAAGGUCAUCUGGGUUCCGAAACCUUGGGGCCACCAUGAAGUUUGUGGCUAGACAUGUAUUCAAACGUGUACGCUCAGGGUUUUUGGUGAGGAAAGUAGCCGUGUUCUUCCAGGUGGGUGGAAAUUAUGACGCAACCUCUGUCAACACAGCCAUGCUGGAGCUCCAUGCAGCGAACAUUGUCACAGCAGUAGUGACCUUCACAGAGGACCACAACCUCCCAGAUGCCCUGCUGGUGGAUGGACUCAACACCUUUCACUUGUUUACCUGGGAGACGGAGCACCAGCAGGAUGUGGAACGCCUGGUCAGCUGUACUCUCUGCUACGACAAGUGCCGACCAGCCCCCGGGUGCCGGGUGGAAUCUCCCAGGCCUCAGGAGUUGGACAUGGACUUGGUCUUCCUGGUGGACAGCUCCCAGGGUGUCAGCAGGGACAUAUACCUUGGGGCUUUGAGGCUAGUGGAUUCAGUGCUCAAGGACCUGGAGGUGGCUGCACAGCCUGGCACAUCCUGGCACGGGGCACGCGUGGCCCUGUUGACACACACCACCCCAGGCUUUUGGCCUGGUGUGGGUCAAGACCCUGUGCUUGAGUACUUUCACCUGACCUCCCACGGCCACCGGACACAGAUGCAAAGGCAGAUUCAGGAGGCUGCAAGUGGUUUGCUACAGGGAGCCCCUGCCCUGGGCCACGCCCUGGAGUGGACGCUGGAAAAAGUGCUUCUGGCAGCCAUAUUGCCUCGAAGGUCACAGGUCCUCUUUGCCAUUGUGGCCAGUGAGACAAGCAUCUGGGACAGAGAGACGCUAAGGGCUCUGUCCCUGGAGGCCAAGUGCAAGGGCAUCACACUAUUUGUGUUGGCUGUGGGCCCAGGAGUAGGAGCCCAGGAGCUGACUGAGCUGGCCAAUGUGGCCAGUGCACCCUCAGAGCAGCACCUGUUACGCCUGGAGGGUGUCUCAGAGGCAGAGGUAGCCUAUGCCAGCAGAUUCACGGAGGCCUUCCUGAACCUUCUAAAAAGUGGAAUAAACCAGUAUCCACCCCCAGAGCUCAAUGAAGAGUGUGGAGGCCCAAACCGUGGGGACACCUUGCUACAAUUCUUCACUUCUGCCAAGAGGCUGUCCAAGCCCCGGUUUGGCACGUCUGCUGCCACUGGGUAUGACUCAGGAGCACCCAAGCCACAAGACUCCUUUCUGAGGGGGAAGAGGAAGAUCAGGACACUGUCCGUAGCUCAGCAAGAAACGCUGGGAAGCCUCGGAAGGGACAGGGCAGAUGCUGAAGAAACACCAGCGAAAGGAAGACGUUCGGGCGCUGCCCAUGGUCCUUGUUCUGUGUAUCCUGAGGGAGACGAGUGCCUGACUUAUGUCCCGAAGUAGUACUGCAGCCAUGAAGAGUGGGCUCACCAACUCCACUGGUUUGGGGACUCUGGGGGCAAUGCCAACCAGUUUGAAACCAGAGAAGAACGUGAGACAUGGUGUAGGCCACGCCUUGUAACUGGUGCUCUCCCCUUCCCUUAACAGUUAGACAGUGGGACUGGCAUUAGCCUUGCUGAGGUAGGCUACCCAGCUCAUGGAUGACAAAGCCUGCUCUGUAACCCUGGACAUUGUAACUCCCUCCACUGUUUCCUGCCUGUGUAGGCUUAGGCUAGAUCAUUUGUAACUGAGGAUUAAAUUCUGUUUUUCUCUCAUUUAA